CUUUGCUGCUAUCACUUCAGUGUGACGUGGCGCAGUGUUCUGAUCUCAUCAGUAUUGAAUUAGCAAACAGCAAGAUCGGCACAAGACUCGCCAACGCGCUAGUUCCACCCAAGAUGGCCCAACCAAGCACUACUAUCACUCCCCAAAUCGUCGCAGACGAUCAGCAUGACGAUGCUCAGUCAGAUAUUGGAAGCAGCACCGCUUCUUCGAGCACCAGUCUGCGUGCCUCAAUCCUGGACUACCGUGUUGAGAAUGGCAGGACUUACCAUCGGUACAAAGAUGGCAAAUACACGAUUCCCAACGACAGUAGGGAAUUGGAGAGGCUAGACAUGCAAGAUGAGCUUUGGGCUAUUUCACUCGACUUCGCCUCUGGCAUGGCUCCGCCCGGCCAGUUGGGUGCUGAAGUUGGCCGAGUCCUUGACGUCGGGACCGGCAGUGGCAUCUGGGCAAUCAACUAUGCAGAUGACCAUCCCGAUGUUGAGGUUCUUGGUAUUGACCUCUCUCCGACCCUCCCUGACUACGUACCACCAAAUGUCAGGUUUGAGGUUGAUGACGUUGAAGAAGAAUGGACGUACUCAAGGCCUUUUGAUUAUAUCCAUAGCCGUGUCAUGACAGGCAGCGUUAGCGACUGGGAUUUGUAUCUUCGUAGGUGCUACGACAACCUCGUUCCUGGUGGCUGGGUUGAAUUGCAGGAAAUUGCUGUAUACUGCGACUCAGAUGACGGGACGCUGACACCAGACCACGCGAUUUCCAAAUGGAGCAAACUGUUACACGAGGCAACGAUCAAGCUCGGGCGCCCCUACAUUGAUCCCGAAGGCCUCCCAGAGAAGGUCCAGGCUGCCGGAUUCGUUGACGUUGCUAUCACUGCAUUCAAAUGGCCGCUCAACGACUGGGCCAAAGACCCCAAGUACAGGCAACUUGGCAGACUUCAGCUGGAGAAUGGCUUAGCUGGCAUUGAGGGGUUCACUAUGGCAGCGUUUACCAGAGCCUUUGAGUGGACCGCUGAGGAGGUCAACGUGUUCCUCGUCGAUGUGCGAAAGGAUGUUAACAACCGGAGAGUUCACGGGUACCUUCCAACUUACUCCAUUAUUGGACGCAAGCCGGAAAAGGGACAAAAAUCAGCUGUCCCGGCUGCCCAGGCUCCUGUUUCCACCAAAACUCCUGCUGCCACUGAGCCUACUGUUUCUACUCCUUCACAGGCCCAAGCCCCGACUUCAUCUUGAUGAUAUAGUUCGAAGUCACGGCUGUCGAGUGAGGUUGCGCUCGAGACGGGAUCUAGCGGCUCUAGUCGCCUUUAGUGUAAGUCUAUCCUGGGGGUUUGCAGGGAUAUAUCAACUUGCAACCCACGAAUCAUACGAAUGCAAACGACAG